GAAUCACACACAUCACACCUGAGUUGGCUUACAUUUAAAAUCCUGGUAUUAUCGUCCCAACUCCCAAUCUAGUAUAAGGUUCAGUGAAAUAUUCGUAUUUUUAUUCAAUUUGGUAUUUAAAUCGUAUAUUAUAAAACCAAAUAGAUUUUAAUUCAGGAGCGCGGGAUAAAUUGUAUCAAUUUCGUCAGUAGAGAUCCGCUCUCCUUCACGGUCGGUUGUCAGUGAAAUGUGUAGCAAAGGCAUUGUGAUAAUUAGAGGUUAAUUAAAAUAAUCGUGACAUCAUCUUAACAACACGUAAAGCAAAGGCCGUAUCAGAAAAUGGAUUUGUUUUUCGUGUGGCUGAUGACCUUUGUCCUCGGAUUUUGGAUUUGUAAAAAGAUAAAAGAAUGGCAGAGUUUGCCGCCGGGUCCGUGGGGAUUGCCGAUUCUAGGAUAUUUGCCAUUCCUGAAUCCCAAACAUCCGCAUUUGACGUUGACUGAGUUAUCUAAAAAGUAUGGGUCAAUAUACGGUAUAUGGAUGGGUAACAUUUACACGGUGGUCCUCUCUGAUCACAAGCUCAUAAGAGAAGCAUUUGCAAAGGAAUCGUUCGCCGGUCGUGCACCUCUUUACUUGACCCACGGGAUUAUGCAAGGAAAUGGCAUCAUAUGCGCCGAAGGAAGUCUGUGGAAGGACCAGAGGAAGUUAAUAACGACGUGGCUGAAGGGGUUCGGAAUGAGCAAGCACAGCGCGUCCCGAGACAAGCUGGAGCGACGCAUCGGCGAUGGAGUGCAGAACCUCCUGCAGGAUAUAAAGAGAAACUGCGAUAAUAGCAUUGAUCUCAGCCAGAUGAUGAGUAAUUCUCUGGGAAAUGUGGUGAAUGAAAUAGUAUUUGGGUACAAGUUUCCCCCCGACGACAAGACGUGGACCUGGCUGCGGCAGAUACAGGAGGAGGGCUGCCACGAGAUGGGCGUCGCCGGGGUCGUCAACUUCUUGCCUUUUAUUCGGUAUUUCUCAUCCGACAUGAGAAAGACGAUAGAAGUACUAAAACGAGGGCAAGCGCAGACUCAUCGGUUCUACGCCAGCAUGAUAGCGAAGAGGCGGGAGCUGCUAGGCCUCAAGAAACCCGUCGGAGCCGAGUACCCGCCACACGACAACCUCUUCGACGAGCACCCAGAAGGCCACAUCAAGUGCGUCAAGUACAGCAAACACGCUCAAACCACUGACGAGCACUUCUUCGACCCGUCGAUUCUAAUCCCCACUGAAGGGGACUGCAUACUGGACAGUUAUCUUCACGAGCAGAAGCGUAGGUUCGAGGAGGGUGAUGAUCUGGCGCGGUUUGUGAGCGACGAACAGAUGCACUAUCUGUUGGCGGACAUGUUCGGCGCGGGGCUCGACACCACCGCGGUCACCCUUGCCUGGUUUCUGUUAUACAUGGCGCUCUACCCGGACGAACAGGAACUUGUGCGCGAGGAGAUACUGUCGGUGUGUCCGAGCGAGGGCGCGGUGGACGGCGCCAUGUUGCCUCGGCUGAUGGCGGCCGUGUGCGAGGCGCAGCGGAUCCGAUCCAUCGUUCCUGUUGGCAUUCCUCAUGGCUGCUUACAGGAAACAUACGUUGGCAAGUACCGAGUGCCGGCAGGAGCCAUGGUGGUGCCGCUGCAGUGGGCCGUUCAUAUGGACGAGCGGGUGUGGGAGGACCCUGAGGAAUUCCGCCCCGCCAGGUUUCUUGAUCAAGACGGCAGUCUGCUGAAGCCUCAGGAGUUUAUACCCUUCCAGACAGGCAAGCGCAUGUGCCCCGGGGACGAGCUAUCGCGCAUGCUGGCAUGCGGGCUGGUGGCUCGAUUGCUGAGACAGUGGCGCCUGCGCCUCGCCUCCCCGCCCCCCUCCCCGCAGGAGAUGCGGGGGGUGGUCGGGGUCACCCUCGCCCCGCCGAAAGUGCUGUAUCGGUGUGAGCCUGUGGCUUAACCAGAGAUAUGUAUGUUUAAC